AUGGAGGGGGUAUCGGACGGGCGGUCUGGCACUGAACGCCUACUCCAGUCUGUGGCUGGUUGCGGCGGAGGCCGAAUCGAUGCAGUGAAGCAGUGCCUGACAGUCACUCCACGAAAGUGCUACAUGGCGUGGACUCAUUGUGUGAGCGAGAUCCCCAUCAGAGAUUGGUUUGGCAAUCGCAGAUUUCGUGAUGGCGUUGCAGUCGACGGCUCUGUGUACUUGUUCGGUUCCGAUGACGCCUCCGAAGAGAACGGCCUGCAAAUCCUGUCCUUUCAUCCUCAGAAACACUUAUGGAACGUUAUCCAACCCCUGUCCCCAAACGAAGUGUCUACCAACGACGGUUUGGCUCCUAAAGGCGAAGACACAUAUUUCGUUGUGUCACACAAUCAAAAAGUGUAUGUGUGCGUGGGGGAUCAGCGCAUAAAUGCAGGUGAAAUUUACAUUUUCGACACUCGAAGUUUCCGGUGGAGUUGUGUAGCUACAACUGGUGAUGUGCCUUCAGGAAGCAUGCGAGUGUGUACAAGUGAGCACAAUGGACAUAUAUACAUGUGCGCCGAUUGUGAUAUUAAUGAUUAUCUCAGCGAGGGGUCUUAUAUUUGGUCUUUGGAACUGCGCACCAUGCGAUGGAAGAUCGUAGCCACUGGAGGAUGGACCAGAAAAUACUCCCCUCGCUGUGUGGUUCCUUAUGAAAACAGGCUUUAUGUGUUGCUGCAACGGAUUGGCGACUUUACGACCCGUACCCAUGACGACGAUGUGACGUAUUUCGAUCUGACUACUAAGAAAUGGGUGUGGCUUGAACCACCUGGGCUAAAACCAAUCGCGAAUCAGGACUGGAUUCCAUUCGUUCAUAGAAAUCACUUGUACGUAUUGCUGUGUGAGUCAUGGUGGAGCGAUUACGAUAUUGUCACAAAGAACGAAGUUGUGACAAGGUAUUCCUUUAUAAAGAAUGAGUGGGAGCAAGUGUGGUUCAAAGGAAUAUCUCCCACCGAUGUCUUGAAUUCGUUAUGUGUGGUUGAUAAUAUAGUGAUUUUCUUUUCUUGUUAUAAGAAAAAGGCGUAUGUUCUAAAUUUCUUUCCUAGUUUACGCAGUCUGUGUUUGCAUGCUGUAAGCAGGUACAAACUAGACUCAACGUUGCUUCCAGAAAUCUUGAAAAGAGAAUUGGUGAUGUAUAGUUACUAAAUCGUAACGAGUCUAGUGAUCCAAAACAAAGUUUGAAAUAUUACUUGGACAGUUAAAAGUGUACCAGGAAACGUUUGGUGCCUGUAAUGAUAGGUAAUUUAAGUCCUUUGUAAAAUAAAUACUACGUAUUUUCGUGUACCUUUUACCGGAGUACUAAAGUUCUAGUUAAGCAUCUGUACGUUUCACAGUAAGAUCUUAAAACUGAUAUAAAACUAUCGUUAUAGCUUGUUGUUGCAAGUUGAUCUCUUGUUUGUGUUUUUCUCUACACAUUAUUUGUAUUCAAUUUUUAAGCUUUUAAAAAACAAAUCUUGAAGACAGAUAUCAUGCUACA